AUGUCUACAAUGAAGUUUAACGAUAUCGAGAAAACCCGGUUCGAUAUUAUAACGUCUCGCUAUGAGAAAUUCCUGGAAAACAUGACCGAUCCUCAAAAAGAGGUAGUGAGGGUAUUCGAUCCCUUACCUAAGAAGAAUUUAGAAGAGUUGGAACUCAUCAGAGAGGUGACCAAAGAACUACAGCAGAAGAAAAAUGAUGAUAUGGAAAAAGCUGCUGCGCAAGCCACGAAUGGAGAAGUCCAGGCGGAGAAAAAGUCCCCUGAACAAACUGAAACUGAACCCAAAGCGCCCGAGCAAACAAGCAAAUAA